AUGGACAAUCCACAGAAACAGUUGCUCGACUCACUUUCAAGAACGCAAGAAAUUAUUCGUACUUCACAUAACGCCAUACAAAUCAACUCCAAUAAGCUAAGCGAAUGUUUAAGAAAGAAGGAUGUUGUUGGUAUCGUGGAAAUGUAUGAUGAAGAUAUCGAAAUGUUGGACAUUAAUACUCCAGUUUGCAGAGGACUUGAAGCACUUCGACUUUAUUAUGAAACAAUGAAAAAGAUGCUUGUGCACAUCGAGGAGCGUAAACUAACCGAACUGCAUACACUGAGUCCAUUCAUCAUCAUCGAACGAGGUCGUUACAGCAUAAGAAGGAGUAAAGAUAAACUCAUCGAAGGAAGGUAUUUUGCGUUAUGGAUUAACAGGACCACGUGGAAGAUUAUUCAAGAAUGUCGAAUUCCUCAAACAUAA